AUGAACACCCACUCUCUGCAUACCAUAACUGUGAACACAGUUUCUGUCAGCUCGAUAGAAUAUCGAAACGAGACGAUCGCCGUAAAACAAUGUCCGGAAGCAAACGAUGACAGCCCAGAUGAAAGUGGUGACAAUGGCGUAGAUACAUUCCUUUUCACUUCGGAAUCAGUUGGAGAAGGCCAUCCUGACAAAAUUUGUGACCAGAUUAGUGAUGCUGUACUUGAUGCACAUUUAGCACAGGACCCCAAUGCCAAGGUAGCAUGUGAAACGGCUGCAAAGACAGGAAUGAUAAUGAUCUUUGGAGAGAUCUCCAGCAAAGCCAAGGUAGAUUACCAGAAAGUUGUCAGAGAAACAGUUAAACAAAUUGGUUAUGAUGAUUCCUCAAAAGGCUUUGAUUAUAAGACAUGUAAUGUGCUGAAUGCCAUAGAAGAGCAGAGUCCUGAGAUAGCUGAAGGUGUGCACGGUGGUCGAUCUGUAGAUGACAUAGGGGCUGGAGACCAGGGUCUUAUGUUUGGAUAUGCCUCUGAUGAGACUGAGGAAUGUAUGCCCCUCACAGUGGUGUUGGCCCAUAAACUGAAUGCUAAGAUAGCAGCAGGCCGACGUGAUGGCUCACUGCCUUGGGCCAGACCUGACACUAAAACACAGGUGACUGUUGAAUACAAACUGAACCAUGGAGCCCUAAUCCCUCUUAGAGUCCACACUGUCGUCAUCUCCAUCCAGCACGACGAGAAAGUCACCAUGGAUGAACUACGUAAAGAUUUGAAAGAAAAAGUCAUAGAGACUUGUAUACCUAAAAAAUAUCUUGAUGAAAAGACUGUAUAUCAUUUGCAGCCAUCUGGCAAGUUCAUCAUUGGUGGACCACAGGGUGAUGCUGGUCUGACUGGCAGAAAGAUUAUUGUUGAUACAUACGGUGGGUGGGGAGCUCAUGGAGGUGGUGCUUUCUCUGGCAAAGAUUUCUCUAAAGUGGAUCGUUCUGCAGCUUAUGCAGCAAGAUGGGUCGCCAAAUCUCUUGUCAAAGCUGGCCUGGUGAAACGUUGUCUUGUCCAGGUAUCCUAUGCUAUUGGUGUAGCAGAACCUCUAUCCAUCAGUGUGUUUAACUUUGGAACUUCAAAACACUCAGAAAAAGAACUUCUUAAAAUUGUAAAGAAAAACUUUGAUCUCAGACCUGGUAAAAUUGUAAAGGAGCUUGAUCUUCAGCGCCCCAUCUAUCUGAAGACUGCAGCUUAUGGCCAUUUCGGACGACCAGAGUUCACUUGGGAACAGCCUAAGAAACUGGUGUUCUAGGACAGUGCAGUUGG